ACCAACUAUAGGAUUUUAGUUCUGGAGUUGCUCUAUAAUAAAUGUUAUAUCACAUGUAUAAGCAAUUAUUUUAAUAAAGUUUUUAAAUAGAUAUUUAAUUGGAAUAAAGUGAAAAUUGGGAAAUGUAAAUGAAACUAAUGAAGGAAUUAUGGAAUGCAUUUGAAAGCAAACUAAAACUUUAAUAAAAACCAAAUUUUCUUUAGAUUGUAAAAAAUAGAAAUGACUAAUGUAUUUUAGAAAUGGUAUUAAAUAAUUCUUAAAAUAUUAGAUGGUAACUCUCUUAAAAGCAAUAAUUAAUUCUUCAUAUUCAAGUGAAUUGGUUGAAUUAAUGAUGUAAUUGGAUUAGGAAACAUAAAUGAUUCUGUUAAAGUUAAUUUAAGAAGAAUAGUCUACUUUAUCUUUAGAUCAAGAUUCAAAAAUUAAUGAUGAAGUAUUAAGAAAAUUUGAAGAGUUAGAAUAUGAAAAUCAGAAAUUAAAUUAAGAAUUAAUGCUUUUUAAAGAUUAGUAUGAAUUGGAGAAAAAAAAGUGGCAAGAAGAUAUUGAAAUUGUGUAAGCAGAUUUAGAAACACGAUAAAAGACAAUAAAUUCUUUAAAUGAUGAUUUAAAUCAAAUUUAUGAAACUACAUAAACUAAUUCUGUUUGUGAAGUUUGUGAGUACAUUUAAAAUAGAAUUGAUGAUAUCAAAGGAAUGUAAUUAAUUAUAGAAACUUUAAAAAAUGAUUAAUAACAAGAAAAAGAUGUACAUGAUGAAAUAGUAAAAGAUUUGAGGAAUAAAUUAGAGGCAGGAUAUAGAAAAUAUACAUAAAUGUAAAAAUUAGAAAAAUAUUGUGAAUAAUUGAAAAGUUAAUUAUCUGAAUCUCUUUAGGAAUAAGCUAAAAAUAAAGAAAACUUGAAAUAGAAUUCAAAGUUAAAAGAAGAAAAUAUUGAUUUGAGUAAUAAAGUCACUUAAUUGUAAUAAAAAUUAGACUAACAAAAAUAGUUACAAAAAUAGAAUUAAAAAAUAUAAAGUUAAUAAGAGUUUGAUAUUUCAAAAGCUAGAUCGGAGAAUGAAUCUUUGAGUAGAUAAUUGAAAUUAAGAGAAUAAGAGAUAUUUAAGUUGAAAUAAGAAAUAAUUGAUUUGGAACAUAAUUUACAUAAUAAAACAGAAUAAUCGUAAUUGGAAAAUAGUUCAGUGAUGUUACAUUCUCUAAAUGAUGGAGAAGAAAGAAGAAAUUUUAGUGGAAUUUUUACUCCAAAAAGAAAUCUUGGAUUAGAAUUAUCUUAAUUGAUAACAAAAUCAAAUUAUUUAAUAGAAGGGGAUUAAAAGCUUAAAUUAGAUGUACAUACAUAAACAGAUGAUAAUUAUGAUUGUUCUUUAUUAAUAAAGAAAUAGGAUUCUAGUUUUGAUGAAGAGAUAUUAUCAUCAUAAUUAUCAUUUUGGAAGACUUAAUGCAGUGAUUUGUUAGCAGAGAAAGCAUUAUAUGAGGAGAGAUAGAAUCAAUUAUAAAAGGAAAUGAAAGAAUUACAAAUAAAAUUAGAAUAGUUUUUUGUAGAAUAAUUUAAAUAUGAGUAAGAAUUAUAAGAGGCAAAGGAUAAAGUAUUAAAUUUAAUUGAAGUAAUUUGUAAGGAUAUUCAUAUUAGGAUAAUAAUGUAAUAAGAAGUUAAUUUGAGUAAUCUUUACAAAAAAUAGCUUUGUUAGAUAAAUAACUAGUAGAAUUUCCAUAGAUAAAAACAUAAAUGGAAGAAACAUAAUAAAGAUUAGAAAAAACUGAGGAAUAACUUAGAAUGAAGAAGAAAAAGAAAGUAUCUAUAAACUAAUCUUCAUUAAUGAAUAAAUAAUUAGAAAUAACAAAGAGAACUUAUGAAGAAUUACUGUAGAUAAAAUAAGAAGAACUGUAGUUGUUGGCUGCAUCAAUCUAAGAUAUAAUCAUUAAUUAUAAUGUUUCCUAAAUCUUGUGA